GAUGACAAUCAAGUCGCGUUACCCGAUCCCGCGAGCCGACAAACUACUCGACCAACUUCGUGGAGCCAUGUUCUUUUCAAAAAUCGACUUGCGAUGGGGUUACCAUCAAAUUCGCGUCUCCGCCGAGGAUUGUCACAAGACCGUAUUUCGCACCCGCUACGGCAGCUACGAAUACUUGGUGAUGCCUUUUGGCCUCACGAUCGCGCCCUCGACUUUUCAGAUGACCAUGAACGGCAUUUUCAGGCAACUCUUGGAUAAAUGCGUUAUUAUCUACCUUGAGGAUAUCCUAAUCUACAGCCGCAGCAGGGAGCAGCACUUACAAGAUCUUGAUGCAGUCUUCACACUGCUGCACAAGAAUCGCCUCAUCACAAAAGGGUCUAAGUGCGACUUUCUUAAGCAGGAGUUGGAGUUUUUGGGUCACGUCGUUUCUAUCGAAGGAGUGAAAAUCGACCCCAAGAAAAUCAAGACAAUACAGGAGUGGAAGCCGCUAAGCAACAUAAAGGAGCUACAGAGUUUUUUGGGUUUCGUCAACUACGUCCGCCGAUUUAUCCCCAAUAUGGGGACUACCAUGCGCUCAACAUGAUCACAAUCAAGUCGCGUUACCCGA